ACUAUUUGAAUUAAACCAAAGAAAACAUGAGUGAUAAUAAAGAAGCGAGCAGCUUAAGAAGCAGAUUUAAAAACCUGCUGUCGUCUCAUAAAACCCAAACAUCAGUAGAUGUGGCUGAUUUGCAGCAAUCUACUAAUUCUGUUGUGAGCGAUGACUUUUGGUUGGCCAUUUCAUCAAAUAAUAAUCCAGAAGAGCGCAUGAAACGUUUGAGAGAAUUUGAAAGAGUUUUGUCAAAUGUUCAAAUUGAUUGCGACGUAAUCGAAAAGCUGUGGCUGGAUACAAAAGACCAACUUCUUCCCACAAUGGACUUAAACGUUCGAAGUGAAUAUUUCAUGUUUUUAAAGACACUGAUAACUAAACAACACCGCCACUUAAGCAUGCUGCGUGCGUUGUUAUACGCUGAAGUGGGAAAACAUGUUUUUACUGAGAAAUCUGAUGUCGAAAACGUGAUGGAAAUUAUUUAUGUUCUUACUGAACAUGGAAAGAACUUAUUUAUGCUUGAGGAAGAAAUUGGUCCACAUUUGGUACAAUGGAUGGAAUGUAUGGGUUCAAAUGCUUUGUACAUAGAUAUGUUGUGUAAUGUCAUCAAGUUUAAUUCAUCUCAUCUUACAGAGGAAACCAUUCAUGGUAUUGUACGUAGCGUGUGCACAAGUUGCACUUCUUGUUCUUCUGUGGAACAAUAUGAAUGCAGUCUCAAGGUGUUGGAAGCUCUGAUCACUUACAAAGCUCUCCCAAAGCAAUGCACUAAUGAUGCCAUUAACACACUUUGCCACACAUUGAAUAUUAAAGAAUGUUGUGACUUUAGUUGGAAUCUAAUGAGAAACUUAAUGGGAACUCACUUGGGGUAUAGCUGUAUACAGACUCUAUUAGAAAUCCUUCAAGGUGAUGCAAAGCAAGAAACAUACCCGAAAAUACAAAGCGCAAUUUUUUUCAUUGGAAUGGGCUUAUGGGGGUCUAAAUGUGUGAAAAGUUUAAUGUACACCCCACAGUCUAUUCUACCUUCCUUUGAAUAUGCGUUAAAAAGUCAUAACUUAAUGCUCGCCUUUGAAGUAGUGCUGACUUGUCACAGACUGGUCAAAAAGUUUGGUCAUGAGCUACAAGUUUCAGCAUGGGACAAUAUGCUUAACAUUAUCGAGAAAUUGCUUUGUAUUUUAAAGGGCAGUAAGAACACUGAAAGAGUCGCCCCUUUGAAAGAGAAAACUCAUGAGCUGCUAAGUAUUGUGGAAAACUUAUGCCAGAUUCAAGCAUUUACUGGCUCCAAGGAAAGACUGAAUGAAAUAAUCGAACAGCAGAUUCUACAUAGACCUACAGAGUCUGUUAUCAACCUUCUAACUUACAAAAUGCAUUUAUUAAGCCCUUCAAUAGAAAACUGGAUCGUUAAGCUCAAAGUUCUAAUAGAUAGAUUCUAUAGCAACGACAUGAACCCCGCAGUGAGGUUGCAACUGUUAGAAUUGGAGAUGAAUAUCGUUUCCAACAAUUUCCAGCAGCAUGAAGCGGAUCUUGUGGAAAAAGUUAUUUUGCCGCAGUUCUCGAACUUAGCGGAUGAAACAAACGUACAAGUAAUUGAAAAUUCUCUUAAAUUUUUAACCCGAAUUUGUAUUCUAUGUACGUCGACCCAAUAUUUUACCUUACUAAGUUUACUCAAGAAAAUCACCGGCAGUAUUUCACCAGCUGAUCCAAAAGUACCGAAAAAUACUGUCCUCAUUGCUGUGGCAUCUGCUGUACAAGGAUUAAUUGAAAUCUUCCUUGAAAAGUUCCAUACAUCUCUAGCAAGCCAUUCAAUAGAAGCGUGUGAAGUUCUUAUACAGCUGAUAGAAAAUUAUUAUGAAGUCGAAAACUUUUCCGAGCAAUCUUAUAUUUUAUGGGAAUCUCGGAUGAAAAUUUUCAACACUUUCUUUCAGAUUCGUGUUAACAACAACUACCAAGCUCGACUCUCGCAUGUUGAGUGUUUCUCAUCUUAUAUUGUUUGCAAAAGACUGCAACCUGCUAUAGUGAAUGACACAGAUUAUGUUUAUCUUCAUCUGCAGCGCAUAAUACAGAUAUGCAUCCAGUGCAUGGAGCAUGAAAACUAUUGGCCCAUCUUACAAACCGUCAUCACCAAUAUUUUAGUUCUGCUUGAAAAUGAGCAGAUUGCAACUUGCUUAUCAUUAGAUGACAUUGACAGCUUGAUGGAACUUCUCAGCAACUUUGUGUCGAGUGCGAACCGAAUAGCGGCAUUAUACAAUAAACCUGAGAAGCGUGCUGACCUGCAACUGAUCGCUUUGAACGUCCUCACGAAACUUACGAUAUUUUACAACAAAGUUGACGUCUCCCGCCAACGCCAAAUGCUUCGUUGUUUUGAACUGGGAUUCGCAACCAAAUGCUCCAAGCAAUGCAUAAACGCAAUUACUUUAUGUAUGAUCGAGAUGAAACCCGAUGCAAUGAUAAGACUCCUCCCAUCUAUUCUGCUCCGUCUGUCACAGAUGUCAGCCACUGUCCAUCUAGCAACCGCUGUCUUAGAACUUUUAUCUUUUCUGUCCCAACUUCCCCAUCUUUACUCCGAUUUUGUUGAAGACCAGUACUUAAGUGUGUUUGCAAUAGCACUACACCACGCUAACCCUUCGAAAUUCUCGCUAUACAUCGUCUCACUUGCGCAUAACAUUGUCUCGAUGUGGUUUGUGAAAUGUAGACUAAGUUUCAGGUCUGGAUUAGUUCAGUUUGUUACUCGUAACCUACAAACUGUCAACCGAAACAACAUGGACGACCCACUUCAACACAGUUUAAUUGAAUCCAGCAUUGACCUUAUGGCACGGUACGUCUUUUCAAACAGCUUACCGGUUAUGGAACAUUCUGCUCUGAAGAAAACUAAACUCAGCAAGAGUCAAAGUUCAACUUGGUUGCUAGGCAACAGACUCAUAACAAUAACCACGGGUGUUCCGCAGCAAAACGAUGUGAUGACAUCAUCGGAUCCAGAUAACUAUUACAACUUCUCCCCUUCUAGACGGAAAAUGUCGGUGGAAGCACCAGGGAAGCUGCAAUCUACUUCUACAAGCGAUGUUCAGUUAUCCAGAAAUCGUCACAAAUCCAGUGGUGCAACUUUACGAAACAGUGGCAACCAACUGUUGCCUUUAUACCAGCACAGUGGUGCAACUGUAGCAACUAAAAGCAGGAAACCCGUCACUGAACGUUCAUCCACUUGGGCAGAAAUCUGUGUAAGACGACCGUCUGGGAAUUCUUGCUGGAUGAUGCAUUGUAAUCAGUUCCAAUUAGUUGAGCAAACACAAGACUUAAAUUCUAAUGUGAAUUCACUUACUAGUGAAGUAUCUUUGCAACUUAAUGGUGAAUCCGUACUGCCCGUUUCUUCCCCACAAUUAAGUCGUCCCCGACAGCGGAGCCGUACAUUAGGCAGCGCAAGUUCCAACACACAAAGUGCGGCUGAAAAGGCAAAGAGAAAAUUAGCAAAUCGCUUGCAAAAUCCGGGGCAAAAUAAUAAUGCUUCAGGGUAUGCAGCACAGUUUAAAUCUACACAGAGUAAAGCUGAUGAAAAUUUCUCUACCCCUGCGUUCAUUUUUUUGCAACUUUUCCAAACUGCUGCAGUGGAGGGUUCAAUGCAUCUCCCGUUGCUUCUACCAGACACACCCAUGAUAGACAGAGCUGUACAAGUUCUUGACAGGAUCACGCCUUAUGAUAUUUGGUCCACUGGUGUGGUUUACGUUGGGGAGUAUCAAGGCAGUGAUGGAAGAGCCAUUUUAAGCAACGAACAUGGUUCAACUAGAUACCAAGAAUUCCUAAACACAUUGGGGAAACUGGUUUGUUUAGCAGAUUGCAAUAUGUCGCAUAUUUAUCUCGGCGGGCUUGAUCAAAGUGAGAAAGAAGAUGGCCAGUUCACUUACAUAUGGCAGGAAAACAUUAUGCAGAUGGUGUUUCAUGUAACAACACUCAUGCCUAAUGCUGGCACUGACAUCAGUUGCAAGCAAAGGCAUAUUGGUAAUGAUUAUGUAAUGAUAGUAUAUGACGAUGACACAUCCCAAGACUAUGUCCCAGGCUGUGUGGUAAAGGGACAAUUCCUAUCAAUUGAAAUCAUUAUAAAACCUAAAGAUACAAACUUUAACCAGGUUGAACUGUAUUACCACAAGCCUGAACUUGAAGUGAUUCUCCAAAUGACCGAGAAGCGCAUUGUAUCGAACGACCACCUUGGUAUGGUGGUACGACAAACCGCACUCCAUGCAAAUAUGGCAGCUCUAGCUUAUCGUCAUAAAGAUAAACCCGGUGACUGCGUUUCGAAACCACUUUCUCGUUUAAAUCAAAUCAAGCGUAUCCGUUCAAGGGCAAUCCAAGAGAGUGGUAACACAUCUUCCACAACUAGUAACCCACAAUACCAAAUUGAUGAGUUUUCCGAUUAUAUUUAACCAUUUUCAGUGUUCCUUCACAAGCACCGAACCUAGGAUGGCAGAACAGGCCGGGCUACCUUGUAUAUUCUGUACUGCAAAUCGAUAAACAAAUUUGUUGCGCGUCAACUAUUUCUCCAAUCUACUAACAAUGGCGGCUGAGAGCUCAGUCACACAUAACCUUGAAACAUCAUUACACUGGUGCUCCUGGAUUACUGAAUUGAAUAUUAUUCACAGGGGACAUCUUGGUUUUCUUUUUUGUGAUGCAUACUUGGCAUCACUUUUACAAUUUCUGUGUUUCGUUUUCAAUUUAUUUUUAACUAAUUAUGUAGAAAUGAUAUUUCCUAUUUCACUUUAUAUUUUAUCUGGCUACAUGAUAACUAAAACUAAUUUGAUUCCUAUUUAAUAUUUAUAUUUUCAUGGCUUCUUGAGUUUCGAAAGUUUGUUUGGUGCUAUUAAUAUGUUAACUAAAUACUACAACGAUUUUGAAAUAACUUUAGCAAAACAAUUUUUCCUUGAAAAUUUUACCAAGUUUUAAAAAUCUCUAAAAUCCUUUUUAUUCUUUGUAUUUUACUGUGUUGUUACGUGAGAAGUCUUUUUUUUUUGUUAAAACAUCUGUGUUCGUCACUACUUGCAAGAAUAAGAUGUAUUAAAAAUUGGUAUAAGUUUACAUAAA